GCCUCGAGGCGCUGGAGGCGCAGCUGGUGGAGGCGCAGCGCCGCGCCGAGGCGGCGGAGGUGCAGGCAGCCUGCCUCGCCCAGAGCCAAGCGCCGGCAACUGAGGAGAAGGCCGCCGCAGGCGGCUCCACGCCGCCUUGGAAGGCAGCGACGCAGGGCGGCAGCUCAGAGGCCUCCUUCGUCGCGGCUCUCCGGCGGAGGCGCUUGGUGGCGGAAGGGCAGCUGCCCGAUGAGGUGCGAGAAGGUGUGAAGCAGCUUUCGGAGAGCCUGUGUGCGGCGGUGGAGAGAUUAGCCAACGACCUGUAUGAGAGCGAGUGCCAUUUCCUUUACGAGAUCAUACAGAAUGCUGAGGAUGCGCACGCACGUGCUCGUCCCAAGGAGGCCCGGGAGCCGCGGCUGAGCUUGCGCUUGGGGCCGCCUUCUCCCGCCUUCCCCCACGGAUUCUUUCUGAGCGAGAACAACGAAGCUGGCUUCACAGAAAGAGACGUGACUGCUCUGUGCGACAUCUCGGCAUCUUCCAAGAAGAAGCCGAUGCCUGGGGCAGAAGGCGGAUCCAUCGGCUGCAAGGGCAUCGGCUUCAAGUCGGUGUUUACCGUCAGCGACCGCGCCCAUGUGCUGUCCAAGGGCUUCACCUUUGUCUUUGAUGUUGCAGGGCCUCUGGGGAAGUUGGGUUAUGUGACACCCACCUGGCUUGGCGAGGCGGAGCUGGCCAAGCUGCCGCCAGAGGUGCGGGAGGCCCAUCACUCUGGGCGCACAGUGCUGUUCCUGCCCUUGAGGGCGAGCGGCCUUGCGGCGGCCAUUGGGCAGGAGAUGGAUGAGUUGGCGGGCCCUGGGCGUGCCUCCCUCCUCUUCCUAAGGAGCUACUCCGCGGGAACCAGCCUCUGA